AGUCACGCAGUGCCAGCCAGAGCUGCUGCUUUGGGGAGAGGACACACAUACACCGAGGGCAAACUUGGACAACCACCAUCAGUGGAAGGCACAGGGGAGGGCUUUGUGGCAACACCUAACUUGUUUUGCAGAUCAGGAUCUGCUGCAGUCCUCUGCCCUGCAGUCCCAAAGGCCACAAUUUUAAGUCCUUGGAAGAAGAUCUCAGCAUCCAAGAACCAGUAUGCCAGGCCACUUGUUGCAAGAAGAGAUGACUCCUUCAUACACAACCACCUCCACCAUCACAGAGCCUCCCUCUGGAGUCAUGCAGAAAGGAAAAGAAAAAUUAAAGACUCUGCCCCUCUACCUGGAAGAAGACAUCCGUCCUGAAAUGAGAGAAGAUAUCCACGACCCCAGCUACCAGGAUGAGGAGGGGCCCCCGCCCAAGCUGGAGUACGUCUGGAGGAACAUCAUCCUCAUGGCCCUGCUGCACGUGGGAGCCCUGUACGGGAUCACACUGAUCCCCUCCUCCAAGGUCUACACCUUGCUCUGGGCAUUCAUCUACUAUGCGAUCAGUAUUGAGGGCAUUGGAGCUGGAGUUCAUCGCUUGUGGAGCCACAGGACUUACAAGGCUCGCCUGCCCCUGAGAAUCUUCCUCAUCAUUGCCAACACCAUGGCUUUCCAGAACGAUGUGUAUGAAUGGGCCCGGGAUCACCGCGCCCACCACAAGUUCACAGAAACACACGCCGACCCUCACAACUCCCGCCGUGGCUUUUUCUUCUCUCACGUGGGUUGGCUGCUUGUGCGCAAACACCCGGCUGUCAAAGAGAAGGGCGGAAAGCUGGACAUGUCUGACCUAAAAGCUGAGAAGCUGGUGAUGUUCCAGAGGAGGUACUACAAGCCCGGCAUCCUGCUCUUGUGCUUCAUCCUGCCCACGCUGGUGCCCUGGUAUUUCUGGGGUGAAACUUUUCUACACAGUUUUUAUGUUGCCACCUUACUGAGAUAUGCCGUAGUGCUCAACGUCACCUGGCUGGUGAACAGUGCCGCCCACCUCUAUGGAUAUCGCCCCUACGACAAGAACAUUGAUCCCCGGGAGAAUGCCCUGGUUUCCUUGGGGACUCUGGGCGAGGGCUUCCACAACUACCAUCACGCCUUCCCCUACGACUACUCUGCCAGUGAGUACCCCUGGCACAUCAACUUCACCACGUUCUUCAUCGACUGCAUGGCUUUCCUAGGCCUGGCUUACGACCGGAAGAGGGUGUCCAAGGCCACUGUCUUAGCCAGGAUUAAGAGAACUGGAGAUGGGAGCCACAAGAGUGGCUGAGUUUGAAAUCAUUCUCUUCUGAAAGCCAGCUGGAUGGGGGGUUGACAAUGUUUAAAUACUGAAAAGAAGCAGCCAUGUUGUACAAAGUCCCAUUUCAAUACAGUAUCCUAGUAUAUUCAAUCUUAAAAGGCAGAAACUUUCUCUUAUGUUCCUAAGCAGUUCUUCUGUUCUUAGUCUUGUAUUCCAGGGAUCAUUUGGUUGCCUGAUCCUUCUUAUUAUCUUACUGCUUUUCUAGGAGAGCUGAGCAAUAGGACGGAACAGAACUUUGAAAAACACAGCAAAUGUUUUAAAUUAAAGGACCUGACCAAUAGCACUCUUUCCUUGGUCUCUCUUGAGCCUCAAGGUAGCUGUCCAGCUAAAGCUCUGACCAGGGCUUCCUGGGUGUUCUCUGUUAACUCCCAUCAGGCCACAGAAAAGACACACACACACACACACACACACACACACACACACACACACACACACACACACACUACAUACACAUGCACCACCAAAAAGACAACAAGAAACUCUAACCUUUCCUUGGCACUGAGCUUGCGUUGCAUUAAAAUAUCAGGGAGGUGAACUACCCUGCAGGUCAGGUGUUAAGCAGGGGUGAUGUGACAUGCAAUGAGUUAUAAAAAUGUUCUUUCUGUGGUCAGACCUAGCUGCUUCCCAAGCGACAGGAAGCUGGUCACACAACAUCCCUCCUUUCUGCCCUGAGCCCCAGAGCUUGGCAAUGAAACUCUUCCCACUUCAAGACAGAGAUGGACAGGUUGAAGGAUAGUGUUGGUAGGCAGAUUCUGAGAUAACUUCUUCAGGAAAAAAAAAUCUGUUCGGGUUGACGAUUACCUCAGAAACAGUUUCAACGCUAGGUCCCGUUCUUAGUCCAAUUUGCUCCUUGGGUUGAUAAAAUCCAGAUUCCCAACACAGUAUCUUGCUUUAUUGCCUCAUUCCUUUUAUGAAGUUUUACGUUCCUAGGUCAGUGAACCUUGGUUGUAUAUAAUUGGUUUAAUGAAACAGCCGGAAGAGGCAAGGCAGGCUGCUUAGGGAAGAGUUUCAUUAACAGUCUUCCUCCAUUAUGGACGCAGUAUUCAGCACACUGACUGGUCAGGCAAUGUGUAGCAAGUCCAGGAGGUGGGUAAUCAACACACUGAUUCAUGAGUAGAUGGGAGACCCACUCCCUAGAAGGAGAUUCACCCUCAGAAAGCCCGUGGCUGGGGGACAGUGAGAUGGCUAAGCAGGGAAAGGGGCUUGCAGGAAAAGCCUGAGGACCUAAGGUCAAUCCCGAGACUGUGUAAAAAGCUGAGUGUAGUAGUGCGUUUCUGUACUUCCAGCACUCCUGUAGAGAGACGGGAGGCAUGAAAGGGAGAACAGUCUAGAAGUUUGCUGGCCAGUCAGCUGUGAGUAUCUGGGCAAGAGAGAUCCUGACUCAGAAACAAGGUAAAAGAACUGACUCUCAAAAGUUGUCCUGUGACCUGCACAUGUAUACCCCACAUGUGUAUAUGUACCCCAUAUAUACACACCACACACAUGCACACACACACACACACACACACACAAUGCUACUAAUUUUUAAAAAACCCUGCAACUGUAGAGUUCCUAGUCAUUAGUGGGGAAGCUAUUAUAGGUGUUUCUGUACUCAAUGUAUCCAUCAAAUCUAUACUUAAUGUAUCCAUCGAAUCUAUACUUAGUGUAUCCAUCGAAUCUAUACUUAAUGUAUCCAUCGAAUCUAUACUUAAUGUAUCCAUCGAAUCUAUACUUAAUGCAUCCAUCGAAUCUAUACUUAAUGUAUCCAUCGAAUCUAUACUUAAUGUAUCCAUCGAAUCUAUACUUAAUGUAUCCAUCGAAUCUAUACUUAAUAUAUCCAUUCAAUCGCCUUCUGAACAAAUAUGGUUUUGCCUGUAGAUUUGUGUUAUAGGACAUUUGAUCACACUGUGAACCCUGAGAUUGUGCAAUUUACUGUAAAAACCUAUUUCUAGUUGUGCUGUGGCUCAGCUGUGGCACCCAUGUUUAAUCCAAAGAGUUUUCUGUAAGCAGGUUUAAAUAAAGUGAACCAUAGGUCAAGAGGCAGAGCAAGCAACCAGUUGACGGGGACUGAACAUAGUGGGGGAAAAAGGAGAGUAAGAGAAAGUCAGGAGGGCAGAUAGAGAGACACACAGGAAGUAGAUGGGAGGGACAUUCGGUGUGAGGGGAUUUUGAGAUGGUGUGGGGGACAGCUUGCUCUUUUAGGACGUUGAUUAUGGAGGAAGGUCAGCUGUGUGCUUUUUCUGCCUCUUUGAGUUAGCCAACUUUCACCGCA